AUGGGUGCUCAAGUGGUGACUAGCACACAGAGCGUGUCAUCGACGUCGGCGGACAAUAAUGAGGUCUCUAGGCAGAGCCCCGAAUCUACCGCUAGCUUCAGAAACUACUUGCGCGUCUUUACCUAUGCAGCACGAUGGGAUUACCUAUUUCUUAGCGCUGGAAUCCUCGCGGCAAUAGGCUCCGGAAUCACCCAGCCCCUCAUGUUCGUACUCUUCGGCAAAUUCGUCGGCGAGUUCACAGGGGUUGUAACCGGAAGUGGAAGUGCGGACCACGCAGAAACUGAACAUACUCUCAAUCGGCUAUGCCUCUUCGUGUUUGCCCUGUUCAUUGUCCGCUUUGGCCUCGCUUCAUUCCACAAGUUCGCCUUUCGCAUGAUCAGUACCCGACUGUCGGCUGCGGUACGAGCGCAUUACCUUCAGCACCUCUUCCAUCAGAGCAUGUAUGUGCUGGACUCCCUGCCACCGGGACAUGCCGUGGGGACGAUCACGAGUAGCAGCAAUACCUUGCAGGGCGGCAUCUCCGAGAAACUUGCGGUCUUCAUCGAAUACACCACCCUCAUCAUGGCCUCCGUUGUCGUUGCCUUGAUAUGGAGCUGGGAGCUCUCCCUGGUCACUGUGGCAGGCUUUGUGGCGACCAUCCUCGGCGUCGGUCCCUUGGUCCGACUCACGGUCAAGGGCCAGGAUAACCUGACCCACCUGGAAGGACAGGCCGCCAGUGUUGCCAGUGAGAGCUUUGCGGGCAUCCGCAUGAUCAUGGCCUGCGGUGCACAGCGGCAGACGAUCGAAAAGUACGGUUCUAUUGUCGAACAGGCUAAAAAGCAAGCGGUGGCGAUGAAUCCGCUCACCUCGCUCCAAUUCUCCUUGACCUUCUUCGGCGUCUUCGGGACUGUCGCUCUGACGUUUUGGUAUGGUACGCUGAUCUUCACGAAAGGUAGACUGGACAGCGUAGGGGUGAUCACCGUGGUCCUCAUGAACCUGACCACUAUCUUUUUCUCCCUCGAUCGGGUUUCCUCUCCUAUGCAGGCAAUAACUAAAGCGUCCCUUGCGGCUUCGGAGUUCUUCUCCGUGAUUGACGCGCCCCUCCCCCCAAAGGGUAUUCUGAAGGCACCCCAAGUUUCCGCUACGGAUGAUAUCAUCUUCGAGAACGUCUCUUUCGCGUACCCAAGCAGACCUAGUCUCAAGAUCCUCGACCGACUUGACCUCCGGAUCCAGGCUGGCAAGAUUACCGCCAUUGUGGGCCCAUCAGGAUCGGGCAAGAGCACCAUCGUCGGUCUGAUUGAGCGUUGGUAUUCCUUGACGCAACCGUACACGAUUGCCACCGGCUCAGUGCCGCAGGAAAGGAAGGGCUCUGCAGAGAUAGCUGCUUUCGAUAACCUGAGGUCUACUGGACCCGAGGUAGAAAAGCCGACAAAUCCCAUUGAGCUCCAAGGUGUCAUCACAACAUCUGGUCACCCCCUGGACGACAUGGACGUGACCUGGUGGCGCUCCAGGAUCGGCCUCGUCCAGCAGGAGCCGUUCUUGUUCAAUGAUACCAUCUACGGUAAUGUGGUUCGCGGACUGAUCGGAACACCAUGGGAGCACGACUCCGAAGCGCGCAAGCGAGAACGUGUCAAAGACGCCUGCCAAGAGGCUUUUGCCGACGAAUUCAUCAACAAACUCCCCCUGGGUUAUGAUACCAAUGUUGGCGAUGGCGGCGCUCGACUCUCCGGGGGCCAACGCCAACGGCUGGCCAUUGCUCGGGCUAUCGUGAAAAUGCCUGACAUUCUGAUCCUCGACGAGGCCACCAGCGCCAUUGAUGUCAGCGGUGAGCGCAUUGUCCAGGCAGCACUUGACAAGGCAGCUCAGCACCGGACCACUAUCGUCAUCGCACAUCGACUCUCUACAAUUCGAAAUGCAGACCACAUCGUGGUCCUCAAGAAGGGCAAGGUGGUGGAGUCGGGUAACCAUCAGAGCCUAAUUUCUGUGGAUGGAGGGGUCUAUCGUGGUCUCGUUGAUGCACAGGCAUUUUCCCUUGAGGAUCCCACCUGGAGUAUUGUGGGGAGUGACAUUAACACGGAAAGUAUUGACGCUCUAAGCCUUGAAGAGAUCUGGACGAAGCCUGAGCACUGCGACGACCGGACUGAAGAUACAGGGAGCAAGAUAAGGACAGACCGCGGAGUUUUCGGAAGCUUUUUCCUCUUAUUCCUCGAGUCACGGGCUUAUUGGGGCUUCAUGGUCUUCGGCAUUCUUGCCUCGGCUGCAGCUGGAGCCGCGCAGCCCCUCUACGCAUGGAUGUUUGCCAGGUCCAUCGAUAUGUUCAAGUGGCAAAGUAACCAUACCAAGCUUAUGGACGAGGCGGACCUUAUGGGUGCUAUGUGGACUGUUUUUGCCGCCUCAGCUGGGAUUGUCUACUUCGUGACGUUUGUCUGCUCGGGACGUGUUGCGUCGCUGAUUCGAGCCAAGUAUCAGACGCAGUACUUCGAGUCUCUCCUCUUCCAACGAGCAGGAUACUUCGAGGAAGGGGGCCACUCUCUCGGUACUUUGACCGCCCGGGUCCGAGAUGACCCUCUCAAGCUCGAGGAAAUGAUGGGGAUCAACAUCGCCCAACUCGCCAUCGCCUUGUUCAACAUCGUGGGCGGCCUCAUCAUCGCGCUCGCCUAUGGUUGGAAGCUCGCCCUGGUCUCCAUGUGUGCAGUGGCCCCGCUCUGUGUCUUCUCGGGGUAUAUUCGAUUCCGAUAUGAGCUUCAGUUUGAGAACAUGAACGACGCGGUCUUCGCCGAGAGCUCUCAGUUCGCGUCGGAGGCAAUUGGGGCUUUCCGCACGGUCACGUCGCUGACGCUCGAGCAAUCCAUCCUUGAUCGCUUCGAAAGGCUAUCCCAGGGGCAUGUUACCGCUGCCUACAAGAAAGCUCGCUGGGUAAGCAUUAUCCUGGGAUUCUCCGAAAGCACCAACCUGGGCUGCCAGGCACUCAUCUUCUACUAUGGCGGCCACCUCUUCCUCGGCGGAGAGAUCGGCACCGUGGCUUUCUUUGUGUGCUUGAUGGCCAUUAUGAACGCGGCGGAGGGAUUCGGCAAGAGUCUGAGUUUCGGCCCCAAUGCUGCCCAGGCGGCCGCCGCAUCAGGCCGGAUGUUGGAAGCGAGAGAGUCCAGCUUGGUCGAGUGCCCCCAGCACGGCGAUAUUCCUGUGCGACCAGGCGGGAUUGCGAUUGAGCUUCGUGACAUUUCUUUGCGGUAUCCCGGGCAAGAGGUCUCGGUGCUCAAUGGAUUGAACAUGACGAUCGAGGAGGGACAGUUUGCGGCCGUCGUCGGCGCAUCGGGCUGUGGCAAGACGAGCAUCAUAUCUUUGCUCGAGCGGUUCCACGAGCCCGAGAAGGGGCAAGUUCUCUUCAAUGGGAAAGAUAUCUCGCAGGUCGACAUUUAUGCGUUUCGCAAGCAUCUGUCUCUGGUCGCCCAAGAACCUAUACUCUUUCAAGGGACGAUCCGGGAGAACAUCCUGCUUGGCAUCGACUCGAGCGCCGUCACGGACGACCAACUCCACAUCGCUAGCCGCGACGCAUUGAUCCACGACUUCAUCAUGUCUCUCCCUGAGGGCUAUAGCACCAACAUCGGGUCCCGCGGGAUUGCUCUCUCCGGUGGGCAGAAGCAGCGCCUGGCCAUCGCUCGAGCCUUAAUCCGCAACCCCCGGCUGCUUCUGCUCGACGAAGCGACGAGCUCUCUGGACUCGGAGAGCGAGCGACUCGUCCAGGCGGCCUUCGAGCGAGCAGGAAAGGGACGGACCAUGAUCGCCGUGGCGCAUCGGUUGGCGACCGUGCAGAAUGCCGACAUUAUUUUUGUGCUGGGGGAGGGUGGCAGGCUGUUGGAAAGGGGCAGUCAUCUGGAGCUGCUCCGGAAAAGAGGUGUUUAUUAUCAGAUGUGUCAGAAUCAGGCUCUCGAUCAAUAG